AUGAACGAGUCAGAAGAAACGCUGGAGAAGAAGAAGAGCAGAUGGAUGUGGAAAUGUCUAGAGAGGCGCCGAUUGCGGUUCACCAGGAACCUAUCACACCUUUUCGACAAAGCUGUCGGAGUUUGGAGCCGGAAUAAUGUGCGAGGCGGAAAGAAGAUUCAGCUGAUCGGGGACAACAUGCUGCUCAUCGCGCGUGUCGUCAAAAUCAUGAUGUCUCAGAGUCCAAUUCAACGCAUCACCAACACGUUUUUGUACGGAAAGGCCAUGGAGAAAAUUACGAAGUUGUCUCACAUUCCGUGCAUUACCUCAGAAGCCACGCACACGACCCACAUUGCUUCCAUCGGAACCAUUAUCAAGCAUAUUGGGGUGAGUAGGAUAUUGUUCUCAAUAGAUUCACGAAUAAUUUGGAUUUUUCAGAAAACUGAUUUCCGUACAAAUCAACAAACUUCGACGGACCCAAGCUCAUAUCAGCCAUUGUCAACGAGUUUCAGAAGAUUGUGGAGGCAUUGUUCACCAAAAACGACUUUGUCACAAUGAAGGAGGCAGUAAACAAUCAACCGAUGGACACUCACCGGAGGACAACGAAGAAGAGAAGAGAAAAUCAUCGAAAGGUGUGUUGAAUGAUCAUGGAGCCGAGAUGGAAAUUUGCUGGAGUGUCGGAGGAGUAGCAGGACUUCUGGUUGAAAAAAAAACCGCUUCAGGACAUUAUCGCCAAAUCGCACUAACUGGUCUAGGAACUGCUCAAUUUGAUGAAGUAUGUCUGAUCAGCCUCAACUGUUCAAAAACUUGCAUUCUCUGGUUUUUCAGGUUUUAUAAUACGAUGAACACAGUUAUCGACACGUCAGGCGUUUCCGGCUUACGACCACUGGCUUGA